AUGCGCGUCCCGGUCGCAGCCGCCAAAAAGCUCACCAGCUCCGGGCGGCUGAUGGUCGGCUGGGUGUCGGCGAGGGUGGUGCUGCUGGCCGCGAGGCCUAAGCGCUGCUUCCGUUGCCUUGACACCGGCCACGUGGCGGCGAAGUGCCGGCACCCGGAGGACCGUAGCCGGACAUGUUUCCGGUGCGGGACUUCGGGUCACAAGGCGGCCGAGUGCGAAGCAGCGCCAAACUGCUUCCUGUGCGAGGCUGCCGGCAAAUCAGAGAGGGCACACGUGCUGGGGGCAAGCGGCUGCGUCGCAAGGCCGUCUCCCCCCGGCACGACAGCAGCAACGACGCGAAGGACGCCAAGGAAGGCCCAGCCUAAAAAGCCCAAGGCCAAUGGCGGAGGAGGAGCGGUUUCCGCCCCGCCUGCCAUGGAAUUGGAUGCCUAG